GGCUAGUACAAGUACGAGCAACCGGCCGGGCGUCUCGUCUCACGUUCAACUCCGUCAGAGAUAUCUGAAACUUGCCCGAUCAGCGUCGGUCAUGGAGGCAGCAGCGGACGAGCGCCGCUCUGAUCUAAAGCACGCGGCUUGUUUGACCUUGGUGGUCGUCGGGCUGAUCGUCUUGUCCACCAUUGUGGGGCUCAAAGUCUGUGAGCUCGUGGAAGAGAACCACGACGAUCAAGCUCCCGACGUCACGGUCAACGUGGCCGCGCCGGCGCCGCAGCUGGGAGGCGACACCGUCAUGCCAGUUGGACCAGGCGGCGGUGGCUCCGCCGGCGGCGCCGGCGCGGUGGAAGAGGCGAAGGGGUUCUACGCCGGCCGGCCCCUGUUCAAGGUUCCGCCGAGCAGCCCCUGCCGCGCCAAGGCCGGGCGCUGCUGAGGAUGUUUACCAGCUACGGGGCAGAGCACGUCGCCAGCAGACAGCAGCGGUUGCGAGAAGAGCACUGGCCAGUCUCCGAGUAAAUAAUCUGCUACUGUAUCGGAAUGUUUUCAGGGGAACAUGUACGGAAGUGCUGUGAUAGAUAUCGUGGAACAGAACACUGAACCAGUAA